AUCAGGUCCAAAAGUCUACUGAUGGCCAGAGUACUCUUGUCUGGUACCAACUGUGAUAACAGGUGUUCUGUACCAUAGUCAAAGUGUCGUCGGGGUUAAUCCACGCUAUUUCACCGACUCCAGAACUCAUGAGUGAUAUUGGUAAGCUUGGGGGCCUUUGUAUAGGCCGAUUGUACUUGAUCAAACAACAGAUCCCAAUACGGAAUAUGAGCACAUAGCUGUUAAGGCCGAUUGAAAUAACAGAUUCUUGGAUAUAUCUAUAUCUAUAUAUACUACCUUGAUCGCUGACCCUCACGGCUUUGACUCACAAACACACAGAAGACCCAGAAGACAACAGACAGCAGAACAGAUACUCCUCACGAGAUUCUAAAAGCAACCUCGAAACAUCUACCAAACCAAAAACAAGACCAGGACCUCAUUCGACUCCAAACAUGGUUUCCACGUCCGACAUUCUACUGAACAACGAGUCCCUCUCGUCUUCCGGGUCCGGGCUCGUCGCUGCUCUGGUCGGGGCCACGUCAGGGAUAGGGCUUUCGACGCUCCAGGCGAUCCUCAAACACACGACCUCCCCCACCGUGUACGUCGUCGGGCGCGGCGCCGCCCGGUUGGACCGACUCAUCGCGGAGGUCCAACCUCUGAACCGGGGCGCGACCCUCCACGCCGUCGUCGCCGGUGACCUCACGUCGGUCCGCGGCGCCCAACGGGCCGCCGAGGAGGUCGCCUCUCGAGCCACCCACCUCGACCUCUUGAUCGAGUCCCAGGGCUUCUUCUCGUUCCGGUCGACGCCCGAUUACACCCCCGGGGAAGGACUGGACCGGGUCACGGCGGUGAGGUACCACUCCCGCAUGAGGAUCCUCGUCACCCUCCUCCCGCUGCUCCGGCGUUCGCGGUCCCCUCGAGUCGUCAGCGUCCUGGGGGCCGGCACCGAGGGUCCCCUGGACCUGUCGGAUCUGGGCAUGACCCGGCCGGAGACUUACGGCAUGGCGUACGCCAUGGGGGCUUCGGCCUCGCUCACCACGCUCUUCCUCGAGGAACUCUCCCGACGACCCGGCAACGAGGAGAUUGUUUUUAUUCACCUCUACCCCGGCCUCGUCUCGGGGACGAACCUGCGCGUGCCCCCGUCCACCAACUUCCUGGUCCGUUGGCUCUGGGACUACGUGGCCAAAACCGUCGUCUGGGUCGUCGGUCGUGGUUCCCAAGAGGUCGGCGAACGGGUCCUCUUCGCCGCGACGAACGGUCGCUUCAGACGACUCCCUCCCGACACCGCCGCCCCGGGCACCUUGGUCCAACAGGGCAGCGACGGCGUCCAAGGCAGCGGAGCCUACAUGGUCAAGGACGACACGAGUGUCGUCGAGAACGGGGGAAACGCCCAACUGAAAAAAUUGAGGGAGCAAGGUGCGGGUUCAAAAGUUUAUGAGUACACAAUGUCGGAAUUUGAGAGGAUCGAAAAGUUAUGAUCAUUUUUUUUGUACCUUUCUUGAAGUGCAAUCCUGAAUGCCCAAAAAAAGGGCGUGCGGCUUUUUGUCUUAUCUAGCAUAUAUACAUAGAAUAUCAAAACCAGCCAUGUACUAAUAUAGCAUAAUAACCAUUUCAUGUUGAUGAAA